AAAAUUGUUUGAUCCAGUUUUGAGUUUUCUCAAUUUCUUCUUGUAGACUCGUAUCGAUAUGGCGAAUUAUGAAACGAUACUUGAUCAUCUGAAGAAGGAGAUCCCAGUGGAUGAAGACGAAUCUCUUGUUUUGAAUCGAGACUCGAGCGUUGGUCUAGUCAUCGUUGACGUUGUUAAUGGCUUCUGCACAGUUGGCUCCGGCAAUAUGGCUCCAACGGAGCAUAAUGAACAGAUAUCGAAUAUGGUAGAGGAAAGUGCAAAGCUUGCUAGAGAGUUUUGUAAUCGGAAAUGGCCGGUUUUUGCGUUUAUUGAUUCUCAUCAUCCAGAUAUUCCUGAGGUUCCGUAUCCUCCUCAUUGUAUUAUAGGAACUGAAGAAUCUAAACUUGUUCCUGCUCUGCAGUGGCUUGAAAGUGAGAAUUGUGCCACUCUUAGGCGAAAGGAUUGUGUUAAUGGGUUUGUGGGUUCUAUGGAGAAAGAUGGUUCUAAUGUUUUUGUUGAUUGGGUUAAGAAGACACAGAUCAAAGUCAUUCUGGUUGUAGGUAUCUGUACAGACAUAUGUGUGUUUGAUUUUGUGGCUGCUGCACUCUCUGCUCGAAACCACGGUUUUCUUCCUCCGGUAAAAGAUGUGGUAGUGUAUUCGCGUGGCUGUGCUACUUUUGACCUUCCUCUGCAUGUUGCAAAAGACAUCAAAGGGGCUCAGGCUCAUCCUCAGGAAUUGAUGCACCAUGUAGGUCUAUACAUGGCUAAAGGAAGAGGAGCUAAGGUAGUCUCCGAAAUUUCAUUUGAGACCUAAAAGUACUAUCUCGUAUAUAAAUCAUAACAUUUCUUACUCUCCAAUAUUUCAGUAAAUUGUUGAGUAUACCUCUUUUUUUCUUGCCAAAUUGUCUUGAAGCUUGAUGUCUGAUACAGAUCAACUUGUGUAACUAUUUCAGAAUAAAAAAUAAUAUGAUAUCUUAUCUGUCUAAAUAAAA